AUGCAAGAUUCCAGGCAUAACAAGUAUUUGGGGCUGCCUUCCAUCAUUGGGAAAUCAAAAGCACAAGUGUUUGUUGAAGUUAAGGACAUAGUGGCAAAAAAGCUUGCUGGUUGGAAGGGUAAACUCCUUUCAAUUGGUGGGAGAGAGAUCCUUAUCAAAGCGGUGGCUCAAGCAGUGCCUACAUACACUAUGAGUUGCUUUCAACUCCCUAAGACUCUUUGCCAAGACUUAGAAAGUAUGAUGAGGAGCUUUUGGUGGGGGCAAAAGGACAAAGAGAACAAGAUUGCAUGGGUUAGUUGGAGGAAGAUGUGUCGAUCUAAACUCCAUGGAGGUAUGGGCUUCAGAAACAUACAAGCCUUCAACCUUGCCAUGCUAGCUAAGCAAGGUUGGAGAAUUCUCACAAAUCCAGACUCCCUAGUGGCUCAAGUUUUCAAAGCAAAAUACUUUCCUUUUGAUGAUGUCCUCAAUUCCAAAAAAGGGAGUAACCCCUCAUAUGCUUGGCGAAGCAUUCACAAUAGUCUUGAGGUUAUUUGA